CCGAGGCGUGGCGUUAAGUUUUAAGUAGUCGAGUUCCCAUAGAUGCCCACGAGUUCUUACGAGAAGUGUCACUGGACAUAACCAUGCAAUACACUGGAUUAUUUAUAUCACUCUUUUCUUUUAUUUAUACAUGGGAAACUCUUGAGGCAGUGAAUCCAGUUUUACCUCAUGUGAUGCACUAUGAUGUUGUUCGACCUCAGGCACUGAAAGAACGAACAAGGAGGAGCGCUUCUACUCUUAAGACAUAUCCUGAAAAACUUGAAUAUGCCUUGGCUGUCGAUGGGAGAAAUUUUACAAUUUCCUUGCUUAGAAAUAAGGACCUUUUAGGAGAACAAUACACUUUGUCACAUUAUACAGAGGAUGGGAUUUCAGAGACAAACUCUUCAGGCAAUAUUGACCAUUGCUACUACCAGGGAUACAUUCAUGACAUAAAUGAUUCUUCAGUCAGUGUUGGUCUAUGCUCUGGGAUGCAUGGGUUUUUGAGAGCAGGAAAGCAAGUUUACUUGAUUGAGCCCCUAGAAGAAUCUGUGGAUGGGAACCAUGCUAUUUUUAAACAAGAGCAUUUAAGGACCAAGCGGGGGGCCUUUGGAUACAUAAAUGACACAGUGUUUGACCUUGGCCCUCGGUUCAGUGGGCUGUAUAAGAGCAAAAAUAUGAGAAAUAAAGCCCCCGCUGAUGGACAGUGGAUUGUUGAGAUGGCUUUGGUUGUUGAUCAUGAGGAGUACAUAAAGUUUGGAAGAAAUUUAAAGAAAAUUGAAGAAAGAAUGAUGUUGGUUGCAAACCAUGUGGACAAGCUUUACCGGCCUUUAAACAUACGUAUCAGGUUGGUUGGGCUUGAGAUUUGGUCUCAAGGAAACAUGAUCGAGGUCAAUCCUUUACCAGAGGAGACUCUAAAGAAUUUCUUAAGCUGGCGUCAAGCAAGCCUUAUCAACAGAAAGAAGCAUGACAAUGCCCAUUUUGUUACUGGUAUAGAUUUUCAGGGAUCCACUAUUGGGUUGGCUACAAUGAAUGCUAUGUGCACUCCAUCAUCUGGUGCUGUGAAUCAGGACACAAGUGAAAAUCCCCUUGCUGUGGCUUCUACUAUCACUCAUGAAAUGGGUCAUAACCUGGGCAUGUCACACGAUAAUCAAGCCUGUUGGUGUUCUUCUGCCAGUGGCUGCAUCAUGGCAGAGUCCCUUGGGUCUGACUUACCAAACUCCUUCAGCACUUGUAGUCAAAUAUCCUUAAAGAAUUUUUUGCAGAACUAUGACAGCAGCUGUCUUCUAGAUACGCCGGAUGAGAACGAAAUAUAUGGUGGCCCAGUAUGUGGAAAUGCUUUUGUAGAAAGGGGUGAAGAGUGUGACUGCGGAACUGUUGAGGAAUGUAAGAAUCCUUGCUGCAAUGCCUCCACCUGUCAGCUGACCAAAGGUUCCCAUUGUGCACAUGGGGAAUGCUGUCACAAUUGCCAGUUAAAGCAAUCAGGCGAUCUUUGCAGAAAAAGUGCACAUGACUGUGAUCUAGAUGAGUACUGUACAGGAGAUUCAGCCUUCUGUCCCAAAAAUGACUAUAAAAUGAAUGGACUGCCCUGCAAUUUUAAUCAGGGUUACUGUUACAAUGGACAAUGCCCCACACAUAGGGAACAUUGCAAAAUGCUGUGGGGAUCAGAUGCUGAAGUUGAUGAUGAUACCUGCUUCCAGUACAAUGUAAUAGACAGAACUUCAAAGAGUUAUGAGCACAUGAAAUGUGGAAAAAUAUACUGUUUCGGUGGAAAAGAUUUUCCCAUAACAAAUUGGAAAAAAUCUGUAUACGUGAAAUCAAAAACCUGCAACAUGGCGGAAGACCGGUCAACAACAGAAGACUUAGCAAUGGUUCCAACAGGCACAAAAUGUGGUAUAAAUAAGGUGUGCUUCAACAGUCUUUGCAAGGACAUAAGUAUAUAUGGCAAUGAGAACUGUUCUGACAAAUGCAAUGGCCGUGGGGUGUGUAACCAUGAGAGGAAGUGUCACUGUUAUCCAGGCUGGGCACCACCCUACUGUGAUAUCAAAUAUUCAGACCUUUCAAAAAUGACAAAUGCUAUGAUAAUUGGUAUGGUCACAUUUGUGGUCGUCUUGGGGCUGGUCAUUAUCAUCAUCGGAGUACUGCUUUGGUGCAGAAACAAAAAAGCAGCAUUUACAAAGAGAACGUCUUUGAAGGACACCAACACCUCAGGCCAGUGCAAUCCAGCAUUCCAACCAGGCAGUGCAAAAAACAGCCCCAAAUAUAUAAAACCACGCAUUGGUCAACCAACAUUCCUUGAGUCAUCUGCAACAGUGUACUGUAAACCUCUUUAUACUCCAGCUGCACCCAGCAGACCAGCACCAUCGCCUCCGAAGCAACCGCCACAAACCCGGACAGAACAGAUUAUGAAACCUGUUGCACAUUCUACCAUUCCCAUUCAUCCUGUUCAGACAAAACCACUGCUUCCACCAUCCAAACCACUUCCUCCAUCAAAACCUUUACCUCCACUUACACCUAAGCCGGUGGCUAAGGCAAAUCCAGCUCCAGUGCCUCCUGCAAAACCCACAGGGAAACAAAAUGCUUAUUCUCCACCUCAGAAAGUAGCACUAAAACCUCCUGCCAGGCCCAGAUGACUCUGAAUCGAUUUAGUCUGAAUCUUUGAGAGCUUCAGGAGAAGCUUGGUAUGCAUAACAGGGAGAUUUUAUACACUUGUAUGUGGUAUGAAUAAACAUGAUCUAUUGAAGAUUGCAAUUUUCUACUGUAAAGUCUUAUCAUGGUACGACUUGUAUGAAAUUUCUAUUAUAUUUUAUUUGUUUUGUUCUCUUAAUUAUUGAUUUUAUGUUUCUCUCCAAGAAUGUUAUUUGUAGCAUAUUUGUACAGUCAAAUAAUCAGUACAUCCUUCCUUAUGAUUACACAUGGUUUCUUAAAUGUACCUAAAAAUGUCAUUUUAAAGGGCAAAGGUUCAAGGGUACUUUUACACACCUUUUGACGUCACCGGAAAUGUAAUGCACUUUUGUAAAUUGAAUAGAACGAAUGGAUUUCAAAUAAAUUAGGAAGCAGCGGACAGUAAAUACUCUCUUUUUUGUUUGCAUUUUGUGUUAUUUAUACUGUAGGUUUCGUAUUCAUUUGUUGUUGAGUUUACUGUCUGUGGUCUUUGUAUAUUUGUACCCACAGACAAGGGCAAAAA